GUUCUCAUUGGUUCCAAGUUCGUCAAGGUGAAAAAAAUUUUCACGUGUCAUAGUUGAAUACAUAAGCGUAUUUAGUUCUGACAUUUUUUUCUACUAUAAUACGGAUUUACAUCAUGUACAAAGCUCACAGCAAGGAUAUUAAUCGAAACAAGAGUUUCCACCCAGUCACCUUCAGUAAUCUUCGUAAAGUUGAGAAGCUCAAAGAAAAGGCAGCUGAAAAGGAACAAGUCCACAACGAAAGAACCAAUGAGCUAUACCAUGAUCAAGAAAAGCGACGCUAUGAUGAACUGGUGCUGAACUCAUCUCUUUCUCUGGGUGCAGGGGUUGAAGGGAGGCUUCAAGGUAUGGGACUUGCGCAUUCACUUCAGGUUCGUAAGGUGUUUGAUGCGGAAUAUAAGCGCGAGAGCGAAAGCAAAAGCAUACCGCACCACAGUGAAGAAAAAGGGCCCGUCGAGCAGACUUUUAACAGUGCUUAUGAAUCCCAAGCGAUUAAAAGUGUAAACCGUGGUGAUUUUUUGAGCAAAUUUCGUCAGAAUGUUGGCUUUGAAGGGACUGAAGCAGUGGGAACGCCGGCAAAACAGACGGAGGGUAAUCAAGAGGGACACCAAAAGUUAGCCGAUCGUAAGCGUCAGCGUGAUGACGAGGAUCAUUCUAAAAACGAACCCCUGUCUUGCACCGGCCUUGUAACCUCUUCUGAGGUCUUUAGAAUAAAAAAGGAAAGAGAUUUGCUUCAGAAACAGCGCUUGGAUCCGAAACUUCGCGUGGUUGCAUAUCAAAACAAAACAUUAUCUGAAGCUGCACGUUUGAGAAAUCGGCAAAGCGAACUUAUGCAGAACGGAAAGGAAUCUUUAAAGGACUUAGAGGAAAGCAACAACGCCAACUACACUAAAUCAAAAGAACGGGAUGCCAUUGAGGAGCGUAUUCGUAGUAUCUUGAAGAUGAAGAAAUCAUAACAAUGUGCUUUGGAACUGAUAUUGUUUACAUUUCCUUGAAUUGCUUGUGACGAAUAAAUCAGACA